AACCACGUCUAUACCCGUCUCAUUUACGGCUUUGCGGAGAAUCUUCACUUUCCUUUCUUCAAGGCUUGAACGAAAGUCACCAUGUGGGCUUUCCUUCCACUCUCUUUCUUUGCGAUCUCUGCGGUUCGGGCUACGACUAUUUCCGCUGACGCUACUAUUUCUGUCUCGGGAUCCACUAAUGCUACGGUCAAUAUGGUCGCUGCGGCUUGGUAUGCUGGCUGGCAUUCGGAGGACUUGCCUGUGGCGAACGUCAGCUGGGAGAAGUAUACCCACAUGACAUUUUCUUUUGCUGAGACAACGCCUGACGUUAGGAACGUGUCUUUCAAUGGUUCCAAUCCUGAAGUCUUGCCAGACUUCGUUGCAACUGCCAGGAAGAACAACGUCAAAGCUCUCGUUUCGGUCGGCGGGUGGACAGGAUCGCGCUUCUUCUCCUCGAACGUUGCAUCUGCUGAGAACCGCACCGCGUUUGUCAAGACCGUUACCGAUCUCGCCACGAAGUAUGGUUUGGACGGUAUUGACUUUGAUUGGGAAUAUCCUGGAAAUCAAGGCAUUGGGUGUAACGUAAUAUCUCCUAACGACACUACCAACUUCCUCGCCUACCUGCAAGAACUCCGUAAGGACCCUGUGGGAAGCAAGCUCAUCUUAACGGCUGCUGUCCCGAUUAACCCUUGGAAGGGUCCCGAUGGCAACCCACUCACUGAUGUUUCUGAGUUCUCCAAGCUGCUCGACUACGUCGCCAUCAUGAACUAUGACAUUUCUGGACCUUGGCUUUCAUAUGUCGGUCCCAACGCGCCUCUGGAGGACAGUUGCGCGCCAUCUGCUAAUCAACAAGGCAGUGCGACCAGUGCGAUCAAGGCAUGGACUACUGCUAAGAUGCCUUCCCACAAGAUCGUUUUGGGUGUCCCCGCCUACGGUCACUCUUUCAACGUUAACGCUAGCGACGCCUUCGAAUGCACUACCGACGAUAUUGAGGUUCUUGCGCCCUUCCCGCCCUUCAACAAAGCACAGCAGCCCAUUGGUGAUGCUUGGGAUGAUGGAGCUGGUGUUGAUAAGUGCGGUGUUCAAAACGGACCCGGCGGUAAUUUCGACUUCUGGGGAUUGAUCGAUGCUGGGUUCCUGUUUGCCAAUGGCACCGCUGCUCCCGGUAUUGACUACCGCUUUGAUGAGUGUAGCCAAACCGCCUAUGUCUACAACGAGACCUCUCAAGUCAUGGUUUCGUUCGACGACACAAGAUCCUUCGCUGCCAAGGGUGAAUUUGUUGCCAAGAAUAACCUUCGUGGCUUCGCGAUGUGGGAAGCCGGUGGUGACUCACAAGAUGCCCUUCUCGACUCUAUUCGCAAAGCUUCUGGAUUCGACGAUGUAGAGGAUUGCUAGAAUCACUCACAUCUCAUCGCUCAUUGAAUGGGUUAUAUGUCGGGGGUUGAUCCUUCGGCGCUGAUUUGAUUCUUUAGUAACGUCAUAAUGGUUUCUGGUUGCCAUCGCAUUUCAAACAUCCCACAUCGCAUGCUCUGUAUCGUUAUCGAUAUCCUAGUAAUUUCUGAGCUUUGUAAAUAGUUCUUCAUGGACACUUACAAAGUAUUACCGAUAUCCUGCAGUGACCCGUAGGCCUGUGGCGCUUUUCGUUGUGUCAGUGCACUUCACGGUGAAAGAAGAAAGUUGGGGCUCUUUGCCUCGCGCAGGAUCCGGGUAAAUUCAUUUCACCCUCUUAGUCACGCUCGUAGUCAGCUACCAUGACUGGAUGAAUAUAUCGUUCAUGAACGACAGCCACUAAUGGCUACCACCGGC